AUGUCAUAUACGGCACAGUUAGAUGCAUUUGUAUCAAGACUUAAUGACAGUGAAAAUGAUUAUAAAACAAAACAUGCAAUUUUAUCAGAAUUAUUAGAUACCAUAGAACAAUUCACCGGGGCCACUGAAUAUGAGUAUUUUCUAAAAAACUUGAUUCCUAUCUUAAUAAAAGAAUUAAAUGAAGUCCCUAUAUCGUUUAUCACAUCCUCACCGGAACACAAACUAAGAAAUUCAGUCUUGGAAAUUAUACAUCGUUCAAUCAUGAAUGAUAUUUUUCAACCAUUUUCUGAACAAAUAUUAGAUGCAUUAACCAAGAUAUUAGUUGAUGAAAACGAAGAUAAUGGAGUAUUAUGUAUUAAAAUAAUAACAAGUUUACACAAGGCUUAUAAAACCACAUUACAAGAUAAGGUACAACCAUUUAUUGAUAUAAUUGAACAAAUUUAUGAUAAUAUGGAAAAGACAGUUCAUGAUACAUUUAGUGAAGAACAACAAGAAGAAGAUGUGGAUAAAGAAAUGUCACCAUCUAACUCAUUUGAAGAUGUUUCAGCAUCAAAACCUUUAAAACAAGCAAUGUACUCAUUUAAAACUUUAGCUGAAUGUCCCAUUACAAUGGUAUCAUUAUAUUCAUCUUAUAAACAAUUAGUUUCAACAUCAUUACCAAAAUUUUUACCUAAAAUUAUACAAAUCUUGCAAUUACAAGUAGAGCAACAAAAAUUAUACCAUGAACUACAUGAAAAUGAAGUUGUUACAUCUAUAUCACCAGAUAUUAAGAAUAGGCAAGCUUAUAGUGAUUUUAUAUUGGGUCAAGUCAAAGCAGCUUCAUUUUUAGCAUAUGUAUUUAUCAGAGGUUAUGCAAAUCAAUAUUUGAAACAAGAAGAAGGACAAACUGUGCCUAAUGUAAUAAUUCGUUUGUUACAAGACUGUCCUUCAGAAAGUGCAAUAGCUCGUAAAGAACUUUUGCACGCCACAAGACAUAUUUUGUCGACACCUUUCCGCUUAAGUUUCAUCCCCAAAUUAGAAUUAAUGUUCAACGAAAAGGUUUUAAUAGGUAAUGGCCUCACGAGUUUUGAAACUUUAAGACCUUUGGCCUAUUCAACAGUUGCUGAUUUUAUUCACAAUGUAAGAAAUGAAUUGACACCAUCACAAAUUUGGUCGACCGUAAAUAUAUAUUGUGAUUUAUUAAAAGAUGAUUCAUUAGCAUUAACCGUUCAAAUUAUGAGUGCAAAAUUAUUAUUAAAUUUAGUUGAGAAAAUUAUGAAAUUACCAAAUAAACUAGAAGGUCGACAAUUAUUUUUAAUAAUUAUAGAUUCAUACGCAAAAAGGUUUGAAAGUUUGAAUAGAAAAUAUGAUUUUAUAAUUGCAAAACAUAACGAAUUUGAGAAAAAGAAGAGUUCCAAAGAAAAAGAAUCAAAAAAGGCUAUUAAAAGAUAUUCAUCAAAAAAUGAUCUUGAAGAGAAAGAAAAAGAUGAAGUUGUAGCUGAUGAAAAGAACGAAGAAGAUAUUGAUAUGAUGGAUAUUGAUGGCGAACCAGAAGUAGAUAAACUUGAUUUAUUUAACAUUGAUUCAUAUUCACCAAUUACAGCAGCUCCAACGCCUAAUAAUACUGAUGUUUUAAAAGAUGCUAGAUAUUUAUUUAGAACUUUAAUGACUUUCCUUAAAUCUGUCAUAUUUGGAUUGAAAAAUUGUAAUCCACCAGUACCUCCACAACCUAUAUCAACUGAUCCAACAAAACAACAGCAAGUUAAUUAUGACAAAUGGAAUGAUUCAGCAAAAUUAAUAUCAUUUGAAGAAAUUGAAAUUUUAAGAGCUUUAUUUAAAGGAGGUAUAAGUUGUCUUCGAUUUUUUUCAGCUUCAAAACCAAAACCUCCAACACCACAAAAAGCAUUUGAUUUUUCAACUGGUGGACCAAACUUACCAAUUACAUCAUCAAAAGAGGAAAAAGAUUUAAUGGAGAUAUUUGCAACAAUUUUUAUACAUAUUGAUCCGGCAUCAUUUAAUGAAAUUGUUAGUUCUGAAUUACCAUUUAUGUUUGAAUCAAUGUUGGAGAAUGCAGCUUUAUUACAUCUUCCACAAUUUUUUUUAGCUAGUGAAGUUACCUCAGCAAAUUUUUCAAGUAUAUUAAUAUCAUUUUUAAGAAGAAACUUAGACCAAUUAGGUAAAGCAGAUUUAAUUAAAUCAAAUAUCCUUAUAAGAUUAUUCAAAUUGUGUUUCAUGUCAGUUAAUUUAUUCCCAACAACAAAUGAGAGUGUUUUAUUACCACAUUUGAAUUAUUUGAUAUUAGAAUCUUUAAAAUUGGGAACCAAAGCUGAAGAACCAAUAGUUUAUUCCUACUUGGUGAGAAUUUUAUUCAGAAGUAUAAGUGGUGGAAGAUUUGAGAAUUUGUAUAAAGAAAUUAUGCCAAUAUUACCAGUAUUGCUCGAAAGUCUAAACGGAAUGAUUGCAAAUGCAAGAAGGCCUUAUGAAAGAGAUAUUUAUGUCGAAUUAUGUUUAACUGUACCAGUCAGAUUGUCUGUUUUGGUGCCGCAUUUAAAUUACUUAACUAGACCUUUGGUGUAUGCAUUAAAUGGUUCGCAGGAAUUGGUUAGUCAAGGUUUACGUACAUUUGAAUUAUGUGUUGAUAAUUUAACAGCUGAAUAUUUUGAUCCAAUGAUUGAACCAGUAAUAGAUGAUAUAAUGACAGGUUUAUGGAAACAUUUAGAACCAGUUCCUUAUCAUCAUCAACAUUCGCAUACAGCAAUUAGAAUAUUGGGUAAAUUGGGUGGUAGAAAUCAUCGAAAUUUUAAGCCAUGUAAUACUUUAGUUACUCAAUCGGAAUUAAAUCAAGAAAUAAAAGCAUUAUUUGAAAUACAUGGUCUAAACGGAGAAGUUCCCGUUUCUAUUACUCCAGGUGUUGAAUCAGCAAUCAAAUUGUUAGAAGAUCCAAGAUUAAAGACCCAUUACAGAAUUAGUGCAUUCAAGUAUUUAGCUAAUAUUUUCAAAUUGUUUAUUAAUACCACACCAAUUCCAAAAGAAUAUCUCAAAUUUGCACAAGAAUGUGUUGAAUUAUUGAAAUCUGAAAAAUUUGAAGACUUAUUAUUAGAUUUACAUCCACUGGAAAUUAAUGGAGAAGAACUAAAUCUUCAACAGAAUUUGUUUGCAAAAUUAUUAGAAAUCUUGUUUUUUUCAGUCUCAAUACCCGAAUUAAAGGAAGAAGCAAGUGAGUUGAUUGACGGUAUUACUACACAUUUUACUUUGCUUCAAUUAUCAACGUCGGUUUUAGAUAGAUACAAGAAAGAGCGCAAGUUUUCGGUUAAUGAUAACGAAGGUAAGGCAUACAUAAGUGAAACUGUUUUUUUAGAUGCAUUGAAUUAUUCUUUGAGUUUUUGGGAUAAGGAUGUUAGACAAAAGGGUAUCGAUUCAAUAAAGAAAAUUUAUGAUACUACUGUAACUAUUUUUGGUUCAGAUGAAAAUGCUUUAUAUUCACCAAUUUUCAGAUCCAUGUUUUACAAAUUUACUCAUUGCUGUUAUAAUGAAUAUUAUCAUUCAAAAUUAGGUGGUGUAUUAGGUCUCAAAACCAUGUUCCAUGAUUUAAAAAUACCUUCAAAUUGGUUUCACAAAAGGCAAUUUGAAUUGGCUCGUUCCAUAUUUUUUAUUCUCAGAGAUACUCCAGAAACUGCUCCAUUUGAAGUACGUGAAUCGGCUAAAGAAUUGGUUUUAGAAUUAUUGAAAAAUUGUAAUACUGAAGUCACUAAAGAUGCAGUUUUGGAAAAACCAUUUCAAACAUUUGUUGGUGCAUUAGUAUAUGAUUUAGCAAGUCCAACUCCAAUGGUUAGAGAGGUUGCACAAAAUUGUUUACAAGUUCUUUCUGAAACAACUAAUGUACUAAUUGCAACGAUAAUAGGUCCAUGUAAACACUUAUUAUUAACUCCAAUAUUUGGCAAACCAUUGAGAGCUUUACCAUUCCCAAUGCAAAUCGGUAAUAUAGAUGCUAUAACAUUUUGUUUAGGUUUACCUGAUACUUUUUUAACAUUCAAUGAGGAAUUGAAUAGGUUAUUACUAGAAGCUUUAGCGUUGGUUGAUGCUGAAGAUGAAUCCUUGGCUAAUGUCCACCGUUUAAAUGAGUAUAGAACAUCUAAGCAAUUGAUUGAACUAAGAGUUGUUUGUAUAAAACUUUUAUCAUUAGCUUUAACAAAACCAGAUUUUUCAUUAGGUACAUUAGCUGAAGCAAGAAUUAGAAUUUUGGGGGUAUUUUUCAAAGCUUUAUGUAACAAAUCUACAGAAAUUAUAAAUGCUGCUCAUCAAGGUUUAGCUUCGAGUUUGCAAGAAAAUUCAAAAUUACCAAAAGAGUUGCUACAAAAUGGUUUACGUCCAAUGUUGAUGAAUUUAUCUGAUCAUAAAAAAUUGACAGUAUCGGGUUUGGAAGCAUUAGCAAGACUAUUAGAAUUAUUGAUAUCUUACUUUAGAGUUGAAAUUGGUAGAAAAUUAUUAGAUCAUUUAAUGGCAUGGGCCCAAAUAAAUACUUUAAUACAAAUUGCUGGUCAAGAUCUCGAAAACAACCAUACUGUGCAAAUUGUAAUGGCCAUUUUAAAUAUAUUUCAUUUGUUACCUGCUAAAGCAUACACAUUUAUGGAAGAAAUCAUAAAUACUUUACAGUACCUCGAGGGCCAUCUAGAUCGUCAUCAAAAUUCACCGUUUAGAAAGCCAGUCUCAAAAUUUUUGAAUAGAUUCUCAGAAAAUUGUAUUGAAUAUUUGAUGAAGAAUUUUAAGAAUAGAAAAUUGGGUAACAUGUUAGCAUCAAUUGCAGGAAUGGAUGGUUGUGAAAAUAUAAGGAAAGUAGCUCAAGAAAAAAUUGGUGCAUUACUUGAAGAUUUACAAACUGAAACUGAAGGGGAAGUUAAGAUAGUGAAAUUUGCCAAUAUGAUUGAUUUAAUUAAUUCAAUUUAUACUCAUGACAAAUUAUGGUUUGCUAAUCAAAAAGAUUUAUUAUUAAGCUUAUCACAAUUAAUUGAAGAACUCAAUGUAAAACUUUUAUCUCCAGCUCAUUUCCAAAGUGAUCAAGCUAUUGAAAAACUUCAAGUUUUGGUCGUUGAUUAUUUAAAACAAACCAAAAAAGAUUCAAAUAUUCUCUUCAAUAUUGUCGAGAGACAAUCCAAAUUGAAAUUAAAAAUUUCUAAUUGUAUCGAAGAUUUCAUUUUUAACGACAUUGUUGCAUCAAAAGAUUUAGAAAAUCGUGAAUUAUAUUUAAAUCAAACUAUUGAAUUUAUAAGUCAAGAUAAACCCUGCUUGAAGUCAAAAAUAUUUUUUUUGAAAAAGAUAUUCGGACCCAUUUUCAUUUAUGAAUCAGUUUCGGUAGGUAAUGUUGAUAUAUUUUUUAAAAAUUCUUUAUGGUUGCAGAAAUUGGAUGAAAAUGUUUGGAAAUCUACAAAUGAUAUAAUUACUAAUCAUACAUCAGGUACAAUGGAUAGUUAUAGAUAUGCAUUAUUGGAAAUAACUGCUUUAUUAUUGAAAUUAGCCCCAUCUUCCAUAAGUGAAUUUCGUAAAGAUAUUAUCAAGUUUAGUUGGAAUUACAUUAAAUUAGAAGAUAAUAUAACUAAACAAGUUGCAUAUGUUACAACAUCAUACUUUAUUUCAGCUUAUGAUAUACCAGGUAAACUUGCCACACAAGUUUUUGUUGCAUUAUUAAGAACUCAUCAAACUGAUUCAAGACAUUUGGUAAAACAAGCUCUAGAUAUUUUAGCACCGGUAAUGUCUGAAAGAAUGAAAGAUGCCGAUUCACCUGAUAGUUGGCUAAAAUGGCCACGUCGUAUUAUUUCAGAAGAUGGUUUUAAUGUCACACAAGUUUUAAACGUCUAUCAAUUUAUUGUUCAACAUCCAGUUUUAUUUUUCAUUGCAAGAGAACAUUUCAUAUCAAAUAUUAUUACAGCGAUGGGUAAAUUGACUAUUUUAGCAAAUCCAGCAAUUGAAAAUCAAGUAUUGGCAAUUGAAUUAGCUGAAUUAAUCUUGUACUGGGAAAGAAGAGCAAUGAAAGAACCAAAAGAAGAUGUUGAAGAAACAAAUGACUUUACUACAUCACCAAAUUAUUCAAUUCCAUUUGGUCAAAGAGAAGCAUGUGUUACUUUUUUGAUUAGAUAUGUUUGUAUUAGUCCACAGAGAGCAUCAGAGAGUGAAUUAGGUCAAAAAGCUUUGGGAAUUUUAUAUGAUUUAUUGAGUCCUCAACAUUGGUCUGAAGUUUCAGUUAAACUCAGUUUUUUCGAAAAAUUUUUAUUAUCAAAUGAUUUAAAUUCCAGUAAUUUGUUGGGUUACUGUUUAAAUGCACUAGAAGUUCUUGGAGUUGUUUUGGAAUGGAAAAAACCCGAGUGGAUUGUAUCAAACCUUUCAUAUUUACAAAAAUUGUUGGAAAAAUGUAUUAAAUCUGAUAAUCAUGAUAUACAAGAAGUUUUACAAAGAGUUUUAUGUACUUUAUUACAAGCAAUAAAUGAUCAAGAAACAACAGAUGAAGAAGGUGAUGACGAAGAAGAUGAUGCUAAAGACUUUAUAUCGUUAUUAAGUACAACUGUAUCUGAAGAUUUAGGUGAUAUGCCUUCUGUUGCAGCUGGUGUUACGUUAUCAUGGACAUUGGCAAAUUAUAGACCAUCAACUCUAGAUCCAUUACUUCCACUGAUUAUGAAAACUUUCAGCAAAUUAUGUAAAGACCAUAUUACCAUAACUCAUCAAAAGGAAAAUACCAAUUCUGAAUAUGAAGCUAAGAUGACGACCAAAUUAUUAGAAAUGAUACUCAACUUAUGUUCAAUGAGAAUAUCAAAUCUUGGUGACCAAAGAAGAAUAUUUUUAUCAUUAUUAGCUCAAUUAAUUGAACGUAGUUUGGAUAAGGAUACUUUGGAAAAAAUUAUCAAAAUUGUAAAGAAUUGGGUAUUCUCAAGAACUGAUUUAUUUCCAACUACAAAGGAAAAAGCUGCAAUAUUAUCUAAAAUGAUGGUUUUUGAAAUCAGAGGUGAACCUACAUUAUCAAAAGAGUUUUACCAAAUCAUUGUUGACAUUUUUGAAGAUGAUUCAUUUAGUUGUACAGAAUUAACUGUUCGUAUGGAACAACCUUUUAUGGUUGGUACAAGAUCUGUUGAUGUGUCAAUAAGAAGAAAAUUAAUGUCAAUUUUAAAUAAUAGUUUAGAAAAAGAUGUUGCUAAAAGGUUAUAUUAUGUGAUUAGAGAACAAAAUUGGGAGUAUCUCGCAGAUUAUCCUUGGUUAAACCAAGCAACUCAAUUAUUGUUUGGAGCAUUUAACUUUGAUCAAAAUAUUGAAGUAAUUGCUAAUCAGUUGGCUCCAUUAGAAACGUUACCUUUUGAUGAUGGUAUAGAAUUGGAUGGAAAUGAAAAAUUGAAUGAACUUCUUAAUUCUCAUUCUGAAUUCCUCGAAAAAGUUGGUGACAUUAAAGCUGGUGAUAUAUUAGAACCAUUGAUAGAUAUGUUUUAUCAAAGUAGUGAAACUAUUUUUAAGACUUGGUCAACUAUUUUCCCAAUUGUAUUUCAAUCAAUUUCAAGGUCCGAACAUUUAGAUUUUACAAGAUUUAUGGUCAUUUUAUUAUCUAAAGAUUAUCAUACACGUCAAAUUGACAUGAGACCAAAUGUAAUACAAUGUUUGUUAGAAGGUGUUUCAAGAUGUAAAAAUCUACAAUUACCUCCAGUAGCAGCUGAAUGUUUAGCAUCAAAUUUUAAUGCUUGGUCACAAGCAAUACAUAUAUUGGAAAAUAUUAGUCAAGAAAAUAUUUCAAAUGAAGUACGUGAGGUCACAAAUGAUGCUCUUGCCAAAUUAUAUGCAGCACUUAAGGAGGAUGAUAUGUUUUAUGGUUUAUGGAGAAGAAGGGCUAAAUAUGCUGAAACAAUUAGUGCUUUAUCAUAUGAACAAAUUGGUUUAUGGGAUAAAGCUUUACAAUUGUAUGAGAAUGCACAAAUUAAAGCUAGAAGUGGUGCAUUACCUUAUGGUGAAUCUGAAUAUGCACUUUGGGAAGAUCAUUGGAUUUUAUGUUCCGAAAAAUUACAACAUUGGGAUAUUUUAACCGAUUUAGCAAGACAUGAAGGUUUUUCAGAUUUAUUAUUGGAAUGUGGUUGGAGAGUUGCUGAUUGGUAUAAUGAUAGAGAAACAUUAGAUCAAACUGUGAAGAAUGUUAUGGAUGUACCAACACCUCGUCGACAGGUAUUUGAAACAUUUUUAUGUCUACAAGGUUUUGGUCAAGAAAAAGAAACUUUACACGAUCUAUCUAAAUUAUGUGAUGAAGGUAUUCAAUUGGCUUUAAGAAAAUGGCAUGGAUUACCACAAAGAUUCUAUAAUGCUCACAUUCCAUUACUACAUACAUUCCAACAGUAUGUUGAAUUUAUGGAAGCCAGUCAAGUUUAUGCAAGUUUAGUAACUACCAAUGCUCAAAAUUUAGAUGUAAAAUCACAAGAAUUGAAAAGAGUAUUACAAGUUUGGAGAGAAAGAUUACCAAAUAUUUGGGAUGAUAUCAAUAUUUGGAAUGAUUUGGUUACUUGGCGUCAACAUGCAUUCCAGGUUAUAAAUAAAGUUUAUAUGCCAUUUAUUCCUGUUCUUCAACAAUCAAGUACUGGUUCAAAUGCAAAUUCAUAUGCCUAUCGUGGAUUUCAUGAAAUUGCUUGGGUUAUUAAUAGAUUUGCUCAUGUUGCAAGAAAACAUAAUAUGCCAGAAGUUUGUAUAAAAGAAUUGACAAGAAUUUAUCAACUACCAAAUAUUGAAAUUCAAGAAGCAUUUUUGAAAUUAAAAGAACAAGUUAAAUGUCAUUAUCAAAAUCAAAAUGAAUUAAAUACUGGAUUAGAUGUUAUUAGUAAUACUAAUUUGGUGUAUUUUGCAACUCAACAAAAGGCUGAAUUUUUCACAUUGAAAGGUAUGUUUUUAGAUAAAUUGAAUCAAAAAGAUGAAGCUAAUAAAGCUUUUGCAACAUCAGUUCAAAUUGAUUUAAAUUUACCAAAAGCAUGGGCUGAAUGGGGUAUGUUUAAUGAUAAAAGAUUUAAAGAAAAUCCAAAUGAUAUGGUUUAUGCAAAUAAUGCAAUUAGUUGUUAUUUACAAGCUGCUGGUUUAUAUAAAAAUGGUAAAACAAGAAAAUUAUUAGCUAGAAUUCUAUGGUUGAUAAGUGUAGAUCAUAAUUCAGGUACUUUAGCUCAAGCUUUUGAGAAUUUUCGUGGUGAAGUUCCUGUUUGGUAUUGGAUUACAUUUAUUCCACAAUUAUUAACUUCAUUAUCACAUAAAGAAGCUAAAUUAGCUAAACAAAUUUUAGUUAGAAUUGCUAAAAGUUAUCCACAAGCUUUACAUUUUCAAUUAAGAACAACAAAGGAAGAUUAUGCAGCUCAGCAACGUCAAUUUGAAGAAUUUAAUUCUCAACCUUUAGAGCAUGUUGAAGAAAUUAUGGCAAUUUUGAAAACAGCAUAUCCAUUAUUAGCACUUUCUUUAGAGUCGUUAGUUGAUCAAAUAAAUCAAAGAUUUAAAUGUACUGCAGACGAAGAUGCUUAUAGAUUAGUAGUUGCAUUAUUAAAUGAUGGUGUUCAAUAUUUGAAUAGGUUGGGUAAUCCAAAAGAUGAUGCAAAAUUACCUCCAGUUACUGAAGCUAACAUAACAAGAUUUGCUGAAACUGUAUUACCAAAACAAAUUAGAGCUGAAUUUGAAAAAGAUUUAGUAUUUUCAAAACCAAAUCUUGAAACAUACAUAAUGAAGUUGAGAAAAUGGAGAGAUAGAUUAGAAGAUAAAUUAGAUCGAAGAUUUACAAAAGUCAAUUUAGAGAAUUUAUGUCCUCAUUUAUCAGAAUUUCAUCAUCAAAAAUUUGAAGAAAUUGAAAUACCUGGUCAAUAUUUAUCAUUACGUGAUAAUAAUAAUAAUUUUAUAAAGAUUGAAAGAUUCCUUCCAACAAUUGAUUUAGUUAGAGGUACUAAUGCAUGUUAUAAAAGGUUAAGAAUCAGAGGUCAUGAUGGUAGUUUACAUUCAUUUGCUGUACAAUAUCCUGCUGCACGACAUUGUAGACGUGAAGAAAAUGUUUUCCAAUUAUUUAGAAUAUUUAAUGAUUCAAUUUUAAGAAAUGUUGAAACAAGAAGAAGACAAAUUAAUUUUAGCAUUCCAAUUGCAGUACCAUUAAGUCCACAUAUUAGAAUAAUAACAGAAGACAAAAAUGAUAUUUCGUUGCAAAAAAUUUAUGAAGAUUAUUGUAAAAAGAAUGGUAAGUCAAAAGACGAGCCAAUGAUUUAUACAAUUGAAAAAUUAAGAGCUGCUUUUGAUCAAAGAUUACCAAAACCAGAUUUAGGAAGUAUCAGGGUUGAAAUUUUGGCUGGUGUUCAGAGUCAAUUAGUCUCGUCAAAUAUUUUAAGAGAUUACUUUUUACAAUUGUAUCCGAACUUUGAAGAUUUCUGGUUAUUUAGAAAAAACUUUACUAGUCAAUAUGCUUCAUUUAUUUUUGGUACAUUUAUGAUGAGUAUAAAUGGUAGAAUUCCACUGAAAAUAUUUGUCAACCAGAAGAGUGGAAAUGUUUGGAGUUCUGAUAUGAUUCCAACUAAAGUGAAAUCUGAUAAUAAAUCAAAUCCAAUUUUUAUAAAUUAUGAAACGGUACCAUUUAGACUUACUUCAAAUAUUCAAAAAUUAAUUGGACCAACUGGUUUAGAAGGUAUACUUGGUGUUAAUAUAACUUGUAUUAGUAAAUCAUUGACUGAUAUAGAGGAAUUUAUUUACUUGAUAAUCAAAGAUGAAAUAGUUGAUCAAAAUGAUUUUAGAGAAGUUAUUAAGAAAAAUGUUGAUAGUAUAAUGAAAAAGAUAAUAAUGUUGGAAAAGACUGCAAAUGUUUUAGAAUUAAUUUCACAAGCUGUAAAUCCAAAAAACUUAGCAACAACUGAUUUACUAUAUAUGGCUUAUUUUUAA